UUGUAAUAGUGUUAGGAAAGGAGGAAGAGGGAGAGACAUCUGCCACGUCUGUAAACUACACAUUCUCUCCACUAGCGGUUCUUGGAACAGGAUAGGAAGGGGGAUUGAGAGAGAGCGAGAGGUGGGAGUAACAGAGACAGAAACACAACCCUGUUUUAAAGACCCCAACAGACCCGUUUCCGUUUCACACUGCCGCGUGAGGGUGAUGCGCGCAAGAAUCUGAAGGAAGAUGAGCUCACGUUAUUCCAGAGGCGGGCGGGCAGCGAAAUUGCGUGUGUGUCUGAUUGUGUAGCCAGCUGGUAGGCACGUCUUUGCUGGGUUCCAGGACAAGGCGGAUGGUGGUAUCCGUGUCUCGAUGCUAGGAAUGGAGGAAUUUGUCACCGACGAGGAAGAGCCAUGGUACGACCAGCAGGAUCUCGAAUCGGACCUCCACCUGGCAGCAGAGCUUGGGAAGACUCUGUUGGAGAGGAACAAGGAGCUGGAGGAUUCUCUACAGCAGAUCUACAUCACCAAUGAGGAGCAGGUGCAGGAGAUUGAGUACCUGGCUAAGCAGCUGGAGGUGCUGAGGGAAAUGAAUGAGCAGCAUGCUAAGGUGUACGAGCAGCUAGAUGGGACAGCCAGAGAACUGGAGCUCACCAACCGUACCCUGGUACUGGACAGCAAGGCCUCACAACACAAGAUAGAGAGGUUGACUGGGACCAUCGAGACCCUGCAGACCCAGGUGGAGUCUCUCUCUGGGCAGGUGGAACAGCUCCACUCCCUGGAGCUGCUCAGGGUCCGGAGGGAGAAGAGGGAACGACGCAAAACCAUCGCCUCCUUCCCCUGCCUUAGGGAACUCUGCACCGCACCCAAGUAUGAGGAUGGGUUCGUGGUGGGCCGCUCAGACAGCUUCACCUCAGAGACUAAGCGCCAGCCAGCAGAAGAGGAGAACGAGCGUCUGAGAGAGGCGGUGUCGGCGCUGCGCUCGGCCGUGAGGGCGGAGCGGGGUCGCAGGGAGGGGGCGGAGAGAGAGUGUCACGUCCUCCUGGGGGAGUUCUCUCGUCUGGAGUCACGUGUGCUGGGUGCAGAGAGCUGCCAGGCACGGGUUCGUGAACUAGAGGCAGAGCUCCAGGAACUCCAGCAGCUCCGACGGGCGAGGACCCUCCUCCUGAGCAGCGAAGAUGACGGCGUGGGCUUCACCCAGACCCUCUUCAACAACACCCCCGAGACAGACACCCUGGAGGGGGAGGGAGGAGAAGUGGGUGGAGGGCGAGGGGAGGAGGGCGAGGGGGGAGGAGGCUUAGGUGGAGAGUCGUUACCUGCCUCCAGCCCCGUCAGGAAGAGCUGCAGCGACACGGCGCUGAACGCCAUGGUGGCCAGGGAUGCAUCCGGGAGAAGAAGAGGGAGCUACGCGAUCCACGCCAACAGCGUCCGUAAGAGAGGGAUGUCCAUCCUGAGGGAGGUGGACGAGCAGUACCACGCUCUGCUGGAGAAGUAUGAGGAGCUGUUAAGGAAGUGCCGGCGCCACGAGGAGUCCCUGUGCCACGCGGGGGUGCAGACCUCGCGGCCCGUCUCCAGGGACCCCUCCAUGAAGGACUGUGCCAUGGGCCCCACCCCUGCACCCCCACCCUCCCCCACCCAGUCCCCCUCCACCCCCGAGGUGAUGGAGAGCAUCAGUAAGCAGGUGGAGGCGGUAGAUAAACGACUGGGCCAGAGCACGCCAGAGUACAAAGCUCUGUUCAAGGAGAUCUUCUCUCGUAUUCAGAAGACCAAGAUGGACAUCAAAGCUACCAAAGCCACCAAAGCCAGCAAGUCUGGCAAGUCCAGCAAAUAAAUUCUGAUACUGGAUUGGUUUGGUAGUGCAGUGCUUUUUCCAUGCUCAAAGCGCUUGAGAUUAGAGGAGGAAUUUGCCUCGUACUCUACCGAUGUGUAGCACUCAUGAGUAAGCGUCUGUAUGGGGUCUGGUCUCCUGUCUGCUUCACACGAGGCUGCUGAGGGGAGAACGACUCAUAAUAAUGCCUGGGAACGGAGCAAAUGUAAUGGCAUUAUACUACUGGAAACCAUGUGUUAGAUGUAUUUGAUACCAUUCCAAAUGAUUCUGCUCCAGCCAUUAGAGCAACAGGACAGUUUUCACAAACCUAAGGAACCUCCUGUGGACUGAUUCUGUUACUAUAGUUACCGAUCAAACAAUACGCCACUUAAACCAAUCUACUACUAAUGCUAUUAGCAGCUGCCUAGCUUUGCCAGUGAGAUCUAACACAGCUGCCUUUUGCUACCGUUACACAGGUCACACAGGUAUGAUAACUGUCACCCACAACUUGUUGGACUCCACUAUUGUCUGGGCUUGAUAUACCCAGCUGGUAAUACACUCUUGUCCCCUGACGACCAGUUCGUACAUUCUCCUACUCAACUCAAUUUUAAGGUGGAAGAAAACCUCCUUCCUUUAUGAAACACCUAUUUCCACCACCAUGCUCGAGUGACUAAUGCAACUUCCUGAUGUUGCACCCCCGCGUUCAGCCAGGGGUGAACAUUUUUAGGCUUUAGCCACUCCAGCAUGGUCCAUAACUCCAACCACCUUUUCCCUAUUAUCAUGAAUGUUAUAGUGUAUGUUGCAUUACUUUGACUUGUGUGUGAAAUACUCACGUUGUAAUGCCGUACCAUAUGGCAGGAGAAAAUGUACACAACAAUGAACCUGCAGUAUACAGGAAAUAUAAUCGAUUAUACCUUGUAUUAUUACGUGUUUUACUCUUCUAUUAUUUCUCUAUGUUCUUUCUCUCUGCGUUGUUGGGAAGAGGCCGUGAGGAAGCAUUUUACUGUUAGUCCACAGUUUACGACGCAUGUGACGAAUACCAUUUGAUUUCGAGCUAUCUAACUCGAGGUCUUAAACUCGACUGAAGCUUCAAACCUUUAUAGCAGACACAGGAUUUGGCGUGAGAUCAGUGGUGUUGUGAAACUAUGGAUUGAGAAAAGAGAAGUCGUUACAGAGAAAUCAACUGAAUCAUUUCAACCAGAAAUGUGUUAUUGUUUUCUCCACAGUGUUAUAAUUAAGCAUUAAGGCACGAGGUGGUGUGGUAUAUGGCCAAUAUACCACAGCUAAGGGCUGUUCUUAUGCACGACGCAAAGCGGAGUGCCUGGACACAGCCCUUAGCUGUGGUAUAUUGGCCAUAUAUCACAAACCCUCUAGGUGCCUUAUUGCUGUUAUAAACUGGUUAUCAAUGUAAUUAGAGCAGUAAAAAUAAAUGUUUUGUCAUACCCGUGGUAUACGGUCUGGUAUACCACGGCUGUCAGCCAAUCAGCGUCCAGGGUUCAAACCACCCAGUUUAUAAUGAGUCGUAUGUGCCAGGUACAAGCAGAGGCUAAUUUUUCUCCCAAGGUCACUCAAGUGUUGCUGAGGGAAGAAAAAGGGCAUGACUUCUUGUGGAGGCUAACUGUCUGUCAUAGCAGUGUUCCAUCCUGGUUCUGGAGGGUCGCAGCGUGCGCAGGCUUUUGUUCCAGCCCAGCAUUCAGGUUUACUGCUGGGCUGGGGGGGGGGGAAAGGCCUGCACAGCCUGAAGUGCUUCAGUACAAGGAGAUAAUGACACUGUGUCAUAGCAAUGGUAACAGAACAUGUUCUAUAUUCUAAUAAGAGAGAACAAAAUGUUUCCUAACAGGGAGCCACUCAAAAGGGGACAUCCCAUUCUUAUGGAACAUUCUGACGAUGUCCUUUUUCAAGGCUCCUUGGCUUUCUCUGCACUGUAAUGUUUUACUGAUUGCACUUAAAAAAUGUAAAAAACACGCAUUGCGUAUUUAUACAUGGAUAUUUACUUAGUAUUGCUUGUGUAUUUAUUCCGUUAUUGUGUGUCUCUGUGAGCAUUUAUUCAUGAUAACGACACUUAUCUGCCAAGGUGCCUAUAUGUGAUUGUAUCCAUUAUUGAUAGGCUGCAUCUUCAGAAUGAAAAUCAAGUCAUAUUUGUUUUGUUUAUUUAUCUACUCAACCUUUUGGGCUCCUGAGUGGCGCAGCGGUUUAAGGCAUUGCAUGUCAGUGCUAGUGAUGUCAUUACAGACACCCUGGUUCGAUUCCAGGCUGUAUCACAACCAGCCAUGAUUGGGAGUCCCAUAGGGCGGUGUAGGCCGUCAGUGUAAAUAAGAAUUUGAUCUUAACUGACUUGCCUAGUUAAAUAAAAAUGAAUUCAGAUGAAUGAGCAUAUUAUUAGUUUUAUGAGUUAGCCUAGUUAUUAGCCUUUGGCAUCACAGGUUUUGUCAUUGGGGCAAGCCACAUUAGCUCUCACUCAUUGAACUAAGGGUCAUUCUUGUUGUGGCACUCUGUAUCAUUGACUUACAUGUCUGCUCUGUGCAAUUAAAGCAUUGGAAUGAAAA